AAUUUCCAGCGGUACCCUGAGUGCAUGGCCAGAGACAUCUAAGUGCGCCGUCCACAGAAUUCACCUCACCAAACCAAAUCAGUCCAGCCAACCAGGCACCAGGCAGGAGAAGAGCCAAGGGGGUGUGUCUCUGAGCUGCAUGGUCAUCAGCCAAUGGACGAGGGACAAGCUCAGGGCGACGAGCACGUGAGGCGCGGUCAGGGCGCAGCGGACCUCCUCUACAACCACGGCGACCACCCCGUGUCCGUGUCCGUGUCUGUCUUGGCACCGGCGCCGGCGUCAGGCCUGCGGAGCCCGGACGAGAACCAGAACCGGCUGAUGGAGGAGGGCGAGGACGUGGUGCGGGGAUCGCACGGGAGGAGGAGGAGCCAGCCGCUCGAUCAGCAGGACUCCGUCAACAACAACGGCAGCUGUGAGGAAGAGGAGGAGCGCGAGGAAGAGGAGGACAGCUCCAAAGUGGAGGAGGAAGAUGAGGAAGAGGAUAGUCACAGCGGGGCCUUCUCACCUGAUCUGGACAGCCAAAUCAGAGACUCUUCCUCUUGUAGUCCUACAGGUGUUGAGGAGCUGGUGAGCAGUCCCGAGGAGUGUCCACAGGUGGGCAGUGUAGAGGGCCAUGCAGAGGAGCGGAACGCCCUGAGGCCUACGGGAGGUGGUCUCCCCGGCAACCCACCCGCCCCUGCGCUUGACCUGGGGGAACCCUGUGACAACACCCUGCUGCCCCAGCGCCUACACCAGAUUGCUGAAGCCUUAGUCCUUGAAGAAGAUUAUGAGCGGGCUCUCCGCUUCAUUCAGCUAGAGAGACUGUACCACGAGAGACUCCUGGCCAACCUGGCUUCCCUGCAGGAACAGUGGGAGUGCAGAUGGAGGUGUGCUGGGGGGGCCGAGGGGCCGACUGCAGAUAGGACCCCCAUCGACCCUGACCAGCUGGAUCGCCUCUCCCACAUCUGCAGGACACACAGACAGCCAUCUGUGAAAACUGAACAGUGUGAAACAGCUGACAAAGUGCAGAAAAACAGUGUGAUCUGCCGGCGAACGCGAGCGGAGGAAGAGGAGGAAGAGGAGGAGAGAUUGAGCACACCGCAACUCCCAUGCCACACAGGCAGCGCGGCUGAUUCAGCACGAGUGACGAUGGAGAAGGAGAGCGACGCGCGGGAGAGGGAGACCUCCCCACAGCCCACCGACGCCACCGACGGCCAGCAGAUGGCGACAGAGAGCAGCCAGCUCCCACACCCCUCCCCCGAUGCCUCCCCUCGCCCUCCCACGGAGACUCUGACUGGCUCGGCUGGCCUGAGUGACAGGCCACCCUCCAAUGACUGCGCUGCAGAGGGCGGGCCGGGGGCCGAGCUUUCAGCAAAAGGGGCGGGGCCAGCGGGAGAGACUCCGAGAGACGGCAGGCCAGCGGAGGAUUUCCCAGCAGCCCCGGCGGCGGCAGCAGCAGCAGCGGGCGAAGCAUCACGCUCCCCGAGCAGGGAGGGGCCGGGAGAGGAGGAGGAGGAGGAGGAGGAGGAAGAGAGGCAGGCGCGGGCGCUGUCUCCGCAGCAGCAACAGCCUCCUCACACACAGCCCAGCCUGAGCCAGCACAUGGAGCCCGCACAGAGCACACACACGCCGGACGAGACUCUCACACACACACUCACACACACAACCACCAGCAGCAGCACCACCACCACCACCGCUGGCACACACACCAAGCAGAAGAAGAAGGCAGAGCCGGAGGUCCUGAGGUCGUCCCAGCCUGAGGAGCGCACGGCCGGGGAUGGAGAAGAGGAAGAGGACAUGGAGGAGGAAGAGGAGGAGGAGGACGUGGAGGAGGCAGAGGAUGCGCUGGAGCUAGAGGAGGAAGGAGGAGGAGGAGGAGGAGGAGGAGGUGACGAAGACGGGGAGUCCAUGGACCUGGACGUUCCGGAGGUGAUCCCCGAGUCCGAGGAGCAGAGAGAGCAGAACCGGGAGGUCGGCGUGGAGACGGUGGAACCGGUCAAAGUAGCCACGCUGGACGACAUGGCCAAGAGGAUCAAGGUUGAGGAGAUCAGCCCUGCCUCCGGCCUGGUCUCCAUCCUGAAGAGGCGCGCCUCCCUGGAGGGGGCCUGUGCUGCCCAGCCUGCCCCCAAACCCAAGGCCCUCGCCAAGCGCAAGGUCCGCUUCCGGGAGCCUGACGACGGCUUCGAUCAAGAUGAAGUAAGCGGCGACUCUUGGUUGCUCCUCCUCCUCCUGUGUCUGGCUACCGUGGUGAUCAGUGUGGGCGGGACGGCGCUCUACUGCACGGUGGGCGACGCCCAGUCCACCAUCUGCACGGACUUCUCGCACAACAUGGACUUCUACGUGGGCCAGGUGCAGCGCGGCGUGACCGAACUCAAACACUGGUUCUCACCCAGCUCCUAGCGCGGCGGAUGCCGCACACGGACCUUCAGAGACUCUGUGUGUGUGUGUGUGUGUGUGUGUGUGUGUGUGUGUGUGUGUGGAGGGCAAGUUGAGGCCCGUUUCUCUAAAUGUUUUUAAAGACGCUGAACUGCCCAGUAAGUGGUGUUAAUGCCUCAGGGUUAGCAUGACCGGGCCGAUCCGUAGCGAAACACCCAGCAGAAGCAUCUUGACUGCCGUCAUGGUAACCCGGCACGCUGAGGCCCGCAGCAGCACCCGAGCGCCCCCUGCUGGCCGAGUGCUGUAAAGGCAUGAGUGGGUUCCUGAGGUGAAGAGAAUGCUACCAGGAGGACGGACCACAGGCUGCUUGCAGAGCACGACACGCACACAAUCACCUCGACAACGCUCGCUUCACGGAUGGGGAUGCCACACGCAACCACGGCAACGCUCAGCAGCAAGCAGCCGAUUGGCCAGUUUUAGAUUGACGCAGCUAAAUGUUUACUGCCACCACAAAACCUUGAAAUGGACAUUCUGAUCAGUUCAGAUCAGUUCUUUUUGUUUGUUUUCUCUCUUUUUUUUCUUAAGACGUCAUUGUUUUUAAACCUUAAUCCAGUUUUAAUGGAAGGCUUACAGGCAUUGGCUAUGAGCAGUGCCGAGCCUGAGAGUAGCAUUGUCCACUUCUUUACACGUGACUACAGCAGGGACGAGGAAAGCAAUAUGUGUGUGUUUUAGAAGAAUGUUUUUGAUGCUGUUUCUUAAACAUCGGUCUGGUACUAUAGACGGAGUAUAUGUUAAUAUAGAAGUGGUGAAUACACACCACUGGUUCAGGUCUGUGUCUUUAUCAGUAUGCUUAUUAUCGAUGUGAUUCUAAACGGUGUCAGUAAGAAGAAUGCAUAAUCUUCAGUCCUAUGUCUAUGUAUGCUACCGCGAUGGAGGGGGGGUUGGGGAUCAACGAAUCGAUGAUUUGAUUUUGUUGUUUUUCUCUUAAAUUUAGAUUCUGUUCUAUUUGUAUUUGUUGUCCUGGGUUUCUGUCCUUGUUAAAGUACUGCUAAAUGACAAUGCACACAGACGUGUACUUUUGUUUUAUUUUAAUUUUAUUUUUGUCCUCUCUAAACCCAGUCAAACUGAAUGGAGUGACAAUGAAAGCAUGCAGGCCAGCUGGAGGAUACCUGGUAUAGGAAGUGUGAGCAGCAAGAGUGGACAGGGGAGGGUUGCUAGUUGGGCUGCUCUGUCUUGAGCGAAGCCCAGCAUCACUUGAGUUGUGAAGGCUAGAAGGCUGGGGCACAUUUCCCAAAACCAUAGUUGCUAACUGAGUUAGCAACGUUGUCGGUUGCAAUGCAGUUUUCCAUUGCCAACCAACUAAAUUGCUAACAGGUUAGCAACUAUGGUUUUGGGAAAAGCACCCCUGGCCGGUCAGUGUGCUUCUGUUUUCUUUUCAUUUGCAUGUUUUUCCCGGCUGGCUCGGGGGAACAUUCUUUAAUCCCAGUUUGCAUUUAAUGACCUAUUUAUUUUCAUGUACAGUACAGUAGUGGAAAGCUUUGUGAAAAGAAACUUUUUUUUUUUUUUUAAAAUGCGCAUGUCCUCCUUUUCAUCACCUGGACGUUAUGUGGGUAUUACUUUUCUCUGUCUUUUACCACAUCUUUCCAUCCAUCUGCAAGUUGUGUGGGCUGUUCAUGAAGAGAACUAUCAAAUGGAAAAAAAGAAAAUCUUUAAAAUGUUUGUCAUGCCAUGGGGCUGGCUUUUCUGAAGGGUAUACCAUGUUUUAGUUUUUUUUUUUUUUAUUAUUAUUAUUAUUAUUAUUGUAAAUAUCAUGGAAAUAUUGCAAAUUUUUAAUGUCCUUAACUGUUCUUUUUUCCUUCGAGGUGUUGGGCUAAAAAUGUGAAGGUUAUGGUUUGGGGAUUGCUAAUACCGUUUUUCCCUGGUAAAUAAAUCUUAUUGUUGGGACUUAA